UUAAGCGGACCGCUACACAAGUGGGGCGCUGUUCGGUAAGUCGAGCCCCAAAAGGAAGGACCCACGUGAUGCAUGACGCAGACGACUCGCACCCGCAUUGACGCAAACAACAAACGAAACCUCCGCAACGCAGGUAUUCCACGUCUUCAGGUGGCCAACACGGCGUCUUGGGAGGAGGUUCACCCUUCAGGAUACAAGGGCCGUCGUCAUUGGAGGAACAGGAAUGGCUCUGGACUUUGUGGCGGGGUGUUUCGGGGGCGCGGCGGGGGUGGUGGUCGGUCACCCGUUCGACACGGUCAAAGUCCGUCUGCAAACACAGUCCACCAACAAACCACUCUACAGAGGAACCCUCCACUGCUUCGCAGAGAUCGUCAGAAAAGAGACGGCGUUUGGUCUGUUCAAGGGCAUGACAUCGCCGUUGAUCGGACUCACGUUCAUUAACGCCAUUGUGUUCGGGGUACACGGUAACUUGCUCCGCACACUGGGAGAGGGGCGCCUGCUGAACACGUUUUUGGCGGGAGCGGCAGCCGGGGCCGUUCAAAGCGUCGUCUGCUCGCCUAUGGAGUUAGCCAAGACACGUAUGCAACUCAUGGGGCUAGGAGAAAAGAAGAAGAAAAGGAAAGAAAUCAAGAACUCUCUCCACUGCCUAUUGAAAAUCUACCGAGCAGAGGGCUUGAGAGGGUGUUAUAGGGGUAUGUUUCUAACACUAUGGAGAGAUGCGCCGUCGUUUGGAGCGUAUUUUGUCACUUACGACACGGUGUGCCAAAUGCUUGCUCCAGACGGGAGCGACAAUAAUACCGGUGUGGGUACGUUGUUGUUUGCUGGGGGUAUGGCAGGGGUUUCUGCGUGGCUUAUAACCUACCCAGUCGAUGUGAUGAAGUCGCGUAUACAAGCAGACGGGGUGGGAGGAAAGAGCGUGUACAAGGGGACGUCAGACUGCUUUGUCGUGAGUUACAAGUCGGAAGGACUGAAGUUUUUCACUCGAGGACUCAACUCAACACUGAUACGUGCGUUCCCCGUUAAUGCCGCAACCUUAACUGUAGCCACGCUAGUUUUAAGACACGUGAAAACAGAAACGCUAGAUCUAGACAACAAGUGAACAUAAUGAUGACGAUUAUGUGACAAUUAUUGGUGAUUAAACAUACUAGUAUCAUGAUGACGUCGACGUUUGUUGGAUAUAAAAUUCCCGCGCAUGACAGGUGGAUGGGAGGGGAGCAGGUGGUAGAUGGGCGUGGCGCCUACGUCAUCAGUGGACGGCGUUCUCAUUGGUCCGGAGUCACGGGGUCUAUGUCGUCACGAGAUCUUAAAGACAUCAAAAAAAGGCACAACACGAACUUCCGCAAUUCUGCCAUUCCAAUACAGAUCAAUUCAGCAUUGGAAAAUGUGUACCACGCACUCUCGUGCCAUGCAGUAUUUCCAAAUACGUAAUUCUGCAACUGCCUAAUCAAGCCGCUAGGAGGCGAUGUUCCGUAAUACUAUUUAUAGUGGCCAAUAAACACAAUAUAUCACUGCACGGUACAAAUGCUUGACGUUGCAUGAAGACUGUGUGUCGAAUAUGCAAUAGCUGACUAGCUGCUAAGAACUGAGGGAGGAACAUUUCAGGGAUAAGUGAUGUAAAUGUUGCAAUGAUUAUAUCAGAAUAGCGAGUAAAUAUUAUCAUUAAAUACCCAGUGAAGAGGUUGUAUUUUGAUGGAGAAGUAACUUUCUCUUUAGA